AUGAGUAAGAUCCCUUAUGCAUCGGCCAUAGGAUCUAUCAUGUAUGCCAUGAUAUGUACUCGACCAGAUGUUUCAUAUGCCUUAAGCGCAACAAGCCGUUAUCAGUCUGAUCCUGGUGAGGCUCAUUGGGUGGCUGUCAAGAACAUCCUUAAAUACUUAAGGAGGACUAAAGACUCAUUCCUAAUAUAUGGAGGCCAAGAAGAGCUAAAUGUAAUUGGUUACACUGAUGCUAGCUUCCAAACAGAUAGGGAUGACUUUAGGUCGCAAUCAGGCUAUGUGUUUUGCAUAAAUGGUGGCGCUGUGAGCUGGAAGAGUUCAAAGCAAGAUACAGUUGCUGAUUCUACAACCGAAGCUGAGUACAUCGCUGCAUCAAAUGCAGCAAAGGAAUUGUUGCUUUGUCACAAUAUGUAUAACGGAAUAGGGUUACAAACUCCAAGAGGGUCUGGUACCAAUGGCUACAUUCAGAGCAACAAGUUCUUCGUCAAGCCGAGAACUUCCAAGGUUGCUGAGAAUAUGAAGGGCUUUGAAGGAGAUCAGGGUACUGCUGGUGUUUCCAGAAAGGCUAACAAAGAGAUUCUUGAGCAUGAUCGUAAGCGUCAGAUUUAG